AUGCUGGGCCGGCGGCGCGUCUUCGCCGUGGAGCCGCUGGGCGGCCGGGAUGGGGCUGGCGAGGACCUGGCACGUGGUUGUGUAGUGCCUGGAGUCACCAGCACCUACAGACGGAUCCCGGAUGCCGCCCCAGGGUGGUCGGCAGACUCCUGCAAGGGGCACGGCCGGCUGAGAGCACCUGGGAGGCAGGUGCCGCUUCUCAAACUGGCCUCCCAGGACUCAGGAGUGGAGAUGGCGGUUGGGGACAGGUCCCUAGCCACCUCACCGGGCCUUUCUCAAGACUCUCUGAACUCUGAGCCCACGCGGAACGCUGAGCCCCUGGCUCUGGGUGCCAUGGAGCCUCCUUCCCGCCUAAGCCGGCUUCUAGCCAGCCGUAAGCUGGAGCAGGUGCUGGAGCGGUCCCGCCAGCUCCCGACUUCCUCUGCCAGCUUCUCACACUACCGCUCCCCAAAGCCGCCAAGCAACCCUGAGUAUGAAAUGCCCCUUUUUGGAGCAGGAGGACAGGAGGCCACCAAGGCAGAGAGUGACCUAGAGGCAGGCCUGGAAGAAGCAGAGGUGGGGGGCUUGGGGCCUGAAGCCUGGGCCUGCCUCCCAGGGCAGGGUCUUCGCUACCUGGAACACCUGUGCCUGGUGCUGGAGCAGAUGGCGAGGCUGCAGCAGCUCUGCCUGCAGCUGCAGACUCAGAGGGCCCCUGGGGAUCCUAAAGAGGAGGAGCCGGCCCUGGCGCCUUCACCUCCACCCUCUCACGCCCCGGGCAGUGAGGUGCACGGGCGGUGGGAGCGGCUCAGCCAGACAGAGGAGACAGGAGCAAGCACAGCUUCACCCCCAAAGGUAGGGGUGCCCAGCGCCAGCCCUUCCAGGCUGUCAGAGGCCCUGGCAGAGCCAGCUCACACCUUUCCAUCCUCCCAGGGGCACAGGCGGGAUCUCUCCCACUGGAACAAGGUAAAGGUCCUGCUCAACCGGAUCCGGUGGAGGAGCCCUCGACCUGCUGAAGCCGCUGCCCCUCCUGAUGGCUCUGCCCCCAGGAUUGCAUCAAGGGACCUCCCUGAAAGGCCUCCAGGCCAAACCCUCCAGAAGACCUUUAUGCCAUCAUUAGUGGUUAAGAAGCAACGAGCAAAAAACCUUACUGUGGGUUGGGGGGCCUUCCGCCGCCCCUCUGCCUCUUCGCCCCUCCCCUGGCCGAGGGGCUGCGAGGGCCGGGCCUCGAAGAUGAACCGGGCGCGGAACGGGCCGAGCCCCCCUUCGGCCUGCAAGUUCCGUCUCCCUGGCAACGGUCUCGGCCCUGGGGGCGGGCGGGAGGAGGAGAAACCGCGCGCCUUCGUCCUCCCACGGUGGCCUGGCCGCGGCCCGCCCCGGGAUACUCGGCGCCGGCGGCUGAUGAGGCGGGAGCCGAGGGCCGGGGAGCGCGGGAGCAAGAGGGCGGGCGCGCAGCCGGAUUCGCGUUCGGCCGGGCCACGGAGCUGUCUUCCCACCCGCCCGUCCGGGUAA